ACUUCAGCAGCACAGGUGAGGGGCUAAAACACUUAAACUCCUGUUUCACUGAUUGUUACGAGGACUUCUGAACUAGUCCACCCAGGGACAGACAAGGUGGAGGAGGACGCAGAAAAGUGUGAGAUCUUGUUUCUGGUUUUAAAUCUCUCAGCCAAGCAAAAAUGCCAUUCUUCGAUCGUUUGAAGGACAUCUUCUCCCGUGACCGAGACUCUGAUCGUGACACUGUUGAAGUGAAGGAUAAGGAGAAACCCAAGUAUUAUGGAACAGUCACGCCAUACCCGUACUUCAAUGCCAGCAGUGAUGCUGCAGUCCUUCGGAGUGCCAUUGAACGUAAAGGAGUGGACGAGGAUGUGAUCAUUACAGUCCUGGUGAAGAGAAGCAAUGAGCAGAGGCAAAAGAUCAAAGAAGUCUAUGAAAUGGAGAAUAGGAAGAAGCUGGAUGAAGAUCUGAAAUCAGUUAUGAGAGCAGAUUUAAAGGACAUCUGUCUGGCGCUACUCAUGGCACCCGCUCACUUUGAUGCCUACCAACUGAGGAAAGCCACAAAGAGUUUGGGCACAGACGAGGAAGUCCUGACUGAGAUUUUGGCAACAAGAACAAACCAAGAGAUUCAAGAGAUCAAGAGGGCGUUUAACGAAGACUACAAAACAGAUCUGGAGGACGUUAUUAAGAGUGAGACCAGCGGCCACUUCACCAACAUCCUCCUGGCUCUGCUACUUGCAAAUAGAGACGAGAGCACCAACGUCGAUCGGGAUCUUGUUGCAAAAGACACACGGAUGCUGGUGAAGUUGUGUGAGAAUGGCGGCAAAUUUGAUGUGCCCACCUUCACUGACAUGAUGACCAAGCGCAGCUAUCCGCACCUCAGCAAAGUAUUGGAGGCAUAUGGCAAGCAAGCAGACGUCAAACUGCCCACCGUGCUGAAAAAAGAGCUGAAAGGAGACACUGAAGAGUGUCUCAUCGACCUUGCAAAAUUUGCCUGGAACACACCAGCUGUCUUUGCUCAGAAGCUUGUUAAGGCUAUGGAGAAACCAGACACAAGUGAGAAAACACUGAACAGGAUACUGGUGAGUCGCUCUGAGGUCGACCUCCAGAAGAUCAAGGAGGUGUACUGGACCUAUCAUAAGAGAAGUCUACAGGAAGACUUACAGAAACACACCAAGGAGCAUUAUCAGAAAGUGCUGCUCAGCCUGUGUGGAGCUUUUUGAACGUCUUCCAAAUACGAUGAGUUGACUCUGGAAAUUGAGACCAGCUUGUUAUACUAAUAUCUCACAACUUUAACUAUGAAAUGUAUGACUGCUCUCUCUUAUUGGUUUCCAACUCUAAUAAAGCAGUUAUUCUAGCAACAA